GGCAUGAACGACGGGCCGGUGGGGGCGUCCCAGAACUGCGGUCCGAGGAGGGCCAAGCGCAAAGCGAGACACGGUCCGAGAAGCGGACCCAGGCGGGCUCCCAGGCAGCCAGCGCAAGGGCAGAGGCCCUGGGGCUGGGGAGGAUGUGCUUCCCAGCACCAGCUCGGCCGGAUCCUGCCGCCGGAGGUUCGGCCCAGAGCUCCGCUGCCGCCUUUUUGCGGAGGCGCCUCCUUUUGCAGGGCCCUUGCGUCGGUCGGUUUGAGGACGCUCUCGCCGCCCUGGGGGACCAGAGGCCUCCCAGUCUCUGCUGCAGCAGCGAAUCCCCCUCCUCCCGGGAGGGGGAGCCUGGCCAGCUCCCCGAGGGGGCCCCAGACUGCUGCCACCCCCUGCCGUGGGGAGUGCCUGGGUGUUGGUCCCUCUGGGAGGACUGCUGCAGUGGAACACGGCGUAUUCACUGGGACAGUUUGCCCUUUGUGCACUGCCGAGGUCACAACACCCCAUCCCAUCCGGCUGGCGUGUCUGAGCCGCUGGUUCACACGCUCCUGCAUUCAUAUCAGAAGCUACGGGCUCCUGCAUUCAUAUCAGAAGCUACAGUUCUCUCCCCGUCUCUUUCCCCAGGACCACAGAUAACAGCUGGAGACCAGCCCUCCCACAAGCUGCUUUCUGCUGUGGAGCACUUGAUGCGAUCGUUGGAGAAAGAUGAUACAUUCUGCUCUCUUCAUGUCUCAGCCUUGACCAAAAGCAGCAAUAUGGAAAUAGUGCGGAGGCUUGUGGGAUUAAAAAGUCAAUUUAGAUAGGAACUCUGCUGCAAAUUGGGAAGAUGCUGGUGAGAGGAGAACACCCGAAGCAUGAAAGAACUUUGACUGCCCCUGGUGUAUGGGUUGCGUAGAGAUAAGACUGCUAGACUGCCCAAGGGGUUGCCAGUCGUUUGCUCCAGGGUCUGGACGGGACAGACACCCUUGGGCCUGUGCCAGUGGCCCCAUCCUGCAGGGGGCCAAGAGAAAAAAGCCCUGCUCACGGCUGUUUUCCCCAUUGCAACCGGCUUUGCGACCAGCUCCUUGCUCUGGAGUCAGCCCAAGCCCAGUUCUUCCACUGGCCACAGCUGUCCCUCCCCGUCCCUGACGCUUGUCUGGCUGGAGAUGCCGGGAAACUUCUGCCUGCGGAGUGGGGGCUCCGCCUCACAAACACGAGGGUGGACUUCGUGGAUCCAGUGGCGUAGCCGCAUGAGCUGCCUUCCUUUUGCAUCGUGAGCAGUCUCUUCCAGCAGCCCACUGCUGGAGGGGAGAGGCCACGCACCAGGUCCAGGGUCCUUUGGGGAUACGCAUCUUGUGUCAUCGCCCCACGGGACUGCCAAGGAACCUGAGAACCACCGGAGCUUGCGAAAGGCAGCGGUUGUGCCCCUUGUCCCAUCCUGACACGAGAGGAGGCGGUGGGGUGGAGAAGCAGCUGAGAACACCAGGGGCACAGGAGUCAGUCAGGCGCUGGGUGAGCUCCAGAACCUCUUUGGUGAAUAACCGACUGUUCUUGCUGGGAUGAGGAUUGCCAUAGCAACUGAAAGAAGAACCAGGAUGCCUCACAGGAGGGCAAAAGGAUGAGUCAGGCAGUUCCUGUCCCAAGGAGAGCUGUUCCCUUCCAGCAGGUGCUUCAGGGGACUGAGGGAAACGCAAGAUGAAGUCCUGCAGCCUGCAGCUCCUUCUCUUUCUUCAGCUCUUCCCACUGAUGGGUACAGCUGUGCAGAGAAGUUCAAAAGCCGAGCAUGCCUUCAGGGGUGACAUGGGAACAGGAUUCUCCUUCACCAGUGAUGAACGCCUACAGGUGUGGCCAGAUGGGGGGAGUGACCCCCCACGCAUCGUGGGCGGCUAUGUGGUUCCACCCCACUCUUCCACGUACCUGGUGUCUCUGAAGAGGAAAACGGGGUACCAUUUCUGUGCGGGGACACUGGUCAGCCGGAGCUGGGUCCUGACUGCGGCGCACUGCAAAACCCGAAUCAAUCAAAUGCUGAUUGUGGCUGGAGAAUAUUCGCUUUCCAUGUUUGAAGGCACGGAGCAGGUUUUCCAGCCAGCCCGCAUGGUGGUCCACCCAGACUACCAGGCCACCUCGAAGAACGCAGACAUUAUGCUCAUCAAGCUGAACAGGCCCCUGGUGUACAGCCCGUUCGUCUCCAUCGUGCUCCUCCCCCGGCAAGGCACGGCCAUGCGGGACGGCCAUUUCUGCCACGUGUCUGGCUGGGGCUAUACCACCCCCACCGGGAGGAGGAUGUCGGACACCCUGCGCUCCGUGCAUCUCCCCAUCAUCUCCACCUGGAGGUGCAACAGCUCCUCCUCGUACGCCGGGUACAUCACCAAGAACAUGAUCUGCGCGGGCUUCCACACUGGUGGGAAAGACGCCUGUCAGGGCGAUUCUGGGGGGCCGCUGGUGUGCGAAGGACGUGUGUUCGGAAUCGUCUCCUGGGGUCACAGCUGUGCCAGCCCCAAGUAUCCGGGCGUCUACACCGCUGUCGCCAACUUUCAGGAGUGGAUUUACAAGAUCGUCUUCAAGAAGUAACAGACGCCUUUGUGGGAGGGAGGAAAGGACGACGACCCGGUUUUGCUCACAGCCUUGUUCUGGCGCAGUAAGAUCUGUUUCGGCAGGAGGGUGAAAGCAAGAGGUGAAGGCUCUCCUUUCCGCCAUUUCACCGUGCCCAGUCCUGUCUUUCAGGCCCUCUUUUUCACGCAUCCAUUUCCUCUGACCAUCACUCCUCUGGCUCUUUCCAACCUCAGCAAAGAAAAGGUCUGCUAAAGCAGCCUUGGCUCGCUGGCAGGGGCAUAUAGGAAUUGUAGUCCAACAGAUCUGCAGGACCCCAGGUUGGGAAAGGUUUGUUUGCUUCUUCUUGGCCCCGGAUCUUGCUACUCCUUUAAUGAUGCAAACCGAUGCCUGUUCAGACAGAAAAAAAUGUCCUGCAGCCAUGCAGUCACGAUCAUAUCCUAAGUGAUUCUGCUUGUUCUCCAUUGUUCCAGCUGACACCCAAAAUGCCUCCCCAAAACCCUGAUACAAGGUUUUCUACACAAAAACCCUUAAUGCAGUAUAUCAAUUUCUGGUUUCAUCUCAGAUUUGAAAUCCAAGAUGAUGCCAAGAGCAUUUCCUUUCCAUGCCUAACCUCUAGGUGGCCCUGUAGGAUAGUGGGACAGCAGAAGCACACAAAUGGAGAAAGCGUUUUCUUUUGCGUUUGCAAUACCACUUUUUCCCUGCUGUAAAAAGAUGAGCUGAAAGGGCUCUUUAGACAUAAAAGUGAAACUGGAGGAGUACAAUGUGAUCUAAAAAAAUCAGUAAACAAAGUAGAGAAAGAUGUGUGCACAAGAAAUACCAGUUUGUUUCCUUCCUCUAAACUGAUAUGUCUCUUCAAAAUGUCCUUUUUCCAUGUGGGCUUUGUUUCCCCCACUUUCCCUGAGGCUUCAUUUCUAUACAUGCUUACUUGGAAGUAAAUCCCUCUAUUUACCAUGGAACCUGCUUCCAAGUAAAGACAGGACUGCAUUGUUCAUUCGCAACGAUAACCACAUUUCCAAGCACACCGAACAAAAUUAACCCUCCUACCUCCCUCCCUCUCUCUUAUUUUCUUGCUGUCUCUUUUAGAUUGUAAGCUUCUAGGGAGCAGAGACCUUAUCCAAAAGUGCCACUUUAAUGAGUUAGGGUGCAAUCCUUUAUGCGUUCAAGCAGAAAGAUAUUCCUACCACUCCAGGAAUGUUCUAGACCUUUCCUAUCUAAACAUGUCUAGCUUUGCACUUGCAAUGAAUGAACGAAAUAUUUGCACGCUGGAGUUUUGGGUCCAGUAUUCUUGGAAAUCUGCCAAGGACCCGCACUCUGUCCAAUGGUGACAUUUUCCUGCAUUCCUGAUUUUUUUGUUUCUUGCCUUGUGUUUUGUAUGGGUUUUUCCAGAAGUAUGGCAAAGAGCUUAGGCAGGUUCAACAAGCAGAAUAUUGAACCUUCACUGUGUCCAAAGGUGAAGUACAGUUUCUUGAAGCCGUGCCUUCUGGCCUCCAGCUCGUCAGGAAGAGCAGCAGAGAUCACGGCCUUGAAGCUGCCUCUUCGUUCCCUAGAGAAGGGCUGCUUUUGCUGUGAGAACAAAACUGUUUGCCUGACUGCAGCAGCUUCGCUUCGGGGUGGCGGUGCAGGGGAAGUACCUCUGUGCGCAUGGACAGAAUCUGCAACAGCAAGAGAGAAAAACUUUAUGCAACGCAGGGCAAGAGGUGCUGUCUUUCAUUCUUGGCCUUGGGAAAGGAUUUUCACCGAGGUCCAUGAAGCGUCCCCAGCCUGUUCAGAGAACUGAUGCAACCACAGAUGUGGGAAGCGGUUUAUAUUCUGCACCCAGGUUUCUGCACCACCUUCAAUAAACUGUAUUAUC